AUGGUUGUCGCACUCGCCGUCGUGGAUUUUGCAGAGCACUUCGAGAGUUUGCGGAUACUUGAUGCAGGUGAGAUGAGGACUUCUUCCUUAGCAAAUUUUCAUUUAUCAAGUAGUCAUGAGGUCUUGCCAGCUGGGAUCCUCAUCGAUCUGCAUCAGGUCCAGCGGCUCAAGGUGCUCAACCAAAAUUGA